UACAGGUCAUCAUGGUGGAGAGCAUGGAGUUCGAGAAGCAAGACAAGCGCUACUGCAUUAGUGGCAAGCAUGCGGCCAUCAUCGGCAUAACCAUUGUGGUUUGCUCUCUAGCUGUGGGCCUUGGUGUGGGUCUCACCUGCUCUGAUACCACCCCUGCCCCCACCCCAAGCCCCACAGAGGAGCCUCCUCAGCCCCCGCCGGCAGAUAGAGGGCCCUGCAAAGCCUCCACCGAUUCCAGCGGGGACUGGAACAAUUUCCGUCUGCCCAGCUAUGUGAACCCAGUGCAUUAUGACCUGCAUCUGGAACCUGACCUAAGCACUGACCUGUACACAGGCAGUGUAGCGGUCCAUCUGAAGGUCAGCAAGCCCACCCGCCACCUGUGGCUCCACAUCAGGGAGACUUUUGUCACUGCUGUUCCCAAGCUGGAGCUGAAGAACCAGGCGGGCCAGACUGAGGUGCCGGUGAAACGUUGCUUUGAGUACAAAGCUCAGCAGUAUGUGGUGGUGGAGGCUGAGAAAGAGCUGGCAGCCACUGGUGUGGAUGAAGAGUAUGUCCUCCACCUGGACUUCCAGGGAUGGCUCAACGGGUCUGUGGUGGGUUUCUACAGAGUCAUCUACAUAGAGGAUGGGGUCACCAAAAAAAUUGCUGCGACUGAUCAUGAACCUACAGAUGCCCGCAAGUCCUUUCCCUGCUUUGAUGAGCCCAACAAAAAGGCCACCUACAAAAUCUCCAUCACUCAUGAUGCUGCCUAUCAGGCUCUGUCCAAUAUGCCAAUUGAGGGUUCCCCACAACCACAGCCCAGUGGUAAAGUGAAAACCUCCUUCCUCAAAUCAGUUUCAAUGAGUACCUAUUUGGUAUGUUUUGCUGUGCACCAAUUUGGCUAUGUGGAAAGACUGUCUUCACGAGGAAUUCCUUUGAGAAUCUAUGCACAGCCAAGUCAGCUAGAAACUGCUGAGUAUGCUGCCAACACCACCAAAGUCAUCUUUGACUAUUUUGAGGAAUAUUUCAACAUGACAUACUCCAUCACAAAACUAGAUAAGAUAGCCAUCCCUGACUUUGGUACAGGCGCCAUGGAAAAUUGGGGCCUCAUCACCUACAGGGAGACCAACCUGCUGUACGAUGAGAGCCAGUCAUCGUCCUACAACAAGCAGCGCGUGGCCAGCGUCAUCGCCCAUGAGCUGGUUCACCAGUGGUUCGGGAACAUAGUGACUAUGGAUUGGUGGGAUGACCUCUGGCUGAAUGAGGGCUUUGCCAGUUUUUUUGAGUACAUCGGCGUGGAGAAAGCUGAACCUACCUGGGGAAUGCGCGACAUCAUGAUCAUCAGUGAUGUACUUCCUGUCAUGGUGGACGACGCCCUUCUCUCCUCUCACCCAAUCAUAGUCGAUGUGUCGACUCCUGCAGAGAUUACCUCUGUGUUUGAUGCCAUCUCAUAUAGCAAGGGGGCCUCCAUUCUCAGGAUGCUAGAGGAUUGGAUGGGUAAAGAGAAGUUCAGAGAUGGCUGUCGAAAAUACUUGAGGGACUUCGAGUUCAGGAACGCCAAAACAGCUGACUUCUGGGCAUCGCUUGCAAGUGUGAGUGGUUUGCCAGUUGCAGACGUAAUGGACACAUGGACCAAACAGAUGGGUUAUCCUGUGCUGGAUGUGGCUGUUUCAGGGACUGGUGCCAGACUGAGACAAAAACGCUUCCUCCUGGAUCCCCUGGCUAAUCCCAACGAGCCUGCUUCACCUUUUAGCUACAAGUGGACGAUCCCUGUGAAGUGGCACUCCAUAGAAAGCAACAAGAAUAGCCUGGUCAUGUUCGACAAGAGUGAAGCAGAGCUGGUGAUUGGUACCUACUCCCCUGCAACAGAUGGGCUGCUGAAGGUUAACAGUGAUCACACUGGAUUCUACAGAGUAAACCAUGAUGACCAGAUGUGGAGCAUCAUCAGUCAGCAGCUUCAAAACAACCAUUCGGGGUUUGAUGCAGCUGAUCGCACCAGUUUCAUUGAUGAUGUUUUUGCUCUUGGGAGGGCAGAUGUUGUAGAUUAUGGCAACGCCUUCAACCUGACCAGGUACCUGCAAAAUGAGACUGACUACAUAGUUUGGGACCGUGUGUCUUCUUCCACUGCAUAUGUUCGGAAUAUGCUGCAAGACAACGACGCACUCUACCCAAAGUUUCAGACACUAUUUCGCGGCCAUGUCAAAGACAUCUCAAACAGGCUUGGAUGGCAAGAUGAAGGAACACAGACUGAAAGGUUACUGAGGGAAAGUGUCCUUGGUAUUGCUUGCCAGAUGGGAGAUGAGGACGCCCUGAGAGAGGCAUCUCGCAUUUUUGACCAGUGGAUUGCUGGAAGCGUCAGCAGUGUGGCAGUGAACCUGAGGCUGCUGGUCUAUAGAUACGGAAUGAAGAAUUCAGGCUCUGAAGAAAAGUGGAAUAUAAUGUUCCAGAGGUACAAGGAUACCACAUUGGCCCAAGAGAGGGACAAGCUGCUGCAUGGACUGGCAUCUGUGGAGAAUGUGACCCUUCUAUACAAGCUUCUAGAGGCAACUAAAGAUGAAAGUGUGAUGAAGAGUCAGGAUCUAUUCACUGUGGUGCGGUAUGUCUCCUCGAACCCACUAGGGAAGGACAUGUCUUGGGAUUGGACAACACUCAACUGGGAUUACUUGGUCAACAGAUACACCAUCAACGACAGAAACCUGGGUCGCCUGCUGACUCAAAUCACAACCACUUACAACACAGACUUACAGCUGUGGAAGAUGGAGCAUUUCUUCAGCCGAACACCUGAUGCUGGUGCUGGAGAGAUGCCUAGAAAGCAGGCUCUGGAGACGGUGAGGAACAACAUUGAGUGGGUGCGGAGGAAUGAGAACGAGAUCAGAUCAUGGUUGGAAAGCAACGUUGUCUAAGACGGCAUCAGGUUUUAAAUCCCCUAAGCUCAGUGGUUUUCUCAGUAACCCAGCUAACUUUAAAUGGACAACCUUUCCCAAGGCCCUAUGGAUUCAUGUGGCACAUAUACAUACCUACAGGUUACAGCUAACCACCCCCUCUCCUUUUUCAUGUGUUGGUCUCAUAUUCUCUGUUUGUUGAGGUGCAUUUAUUUAAGGGAUACUGGUCAAUACUGAUACUGGUGUUGAUGGGGUGGAGUUUAAAGGAUUGUACCAGUGAUUUUGCCUGUUUAGCAUAAUAUCUACAAAAUGUACAAACUUCAUGUUUCUGCUAGUUAUUUAUAUUUUCUUAAAGGAAACUGUCAUAUUUUAGAACCCCAGUAUCAUUUUUCGUAUCCUGUAUCCAGCCAUUGUUUCCAUUCAUUCCACUACGAGAUGA